UACAGUAGUCUACAUUUGCCAUCCUUGUGUUUCUUUGCACGUAGGUUUUGUGGGGAGGUGGCGAUUAGCGUGCAGAGUAAAUGAAUAGUGAUUGAGAAUUUAUCUUGCCUCAGCCUCAGGUAUCAGGUUUGCAACAGCCGGUUUUCCUAGCCCCGGUUCUGUUAAUGAACACGUUGGCCAAACAUUAUCACCAAACUCCUGUGCUUUACGUCGUGUGCAUGUUGAUAGUCUUUUACUAAAACUUCUGCUCCCGUCACCUCACGUGUUGAACGGGAUGUGGAUUUGCACAGCUCAAGCCCAGGAACUGCUGAAAUGGAGCCAGAUGGUCUUAUAUUAAUUGGCAAAGAAGAUGACAUUAAGAAGUCCCAAAGAAUAACAGCCAAAGUCAAUGGCAGAGAAGUUGUUGUUUUCUACCAUGAAGGGAAAUUUCAUGCGUUGGACUCUCGCUGCUACCAUGAAGGAGGCCCUUUAUGCCUUGGAGAAAUAGAGGAUAUCGAUGGUCAAGCAUGCAUUGUUUGUCCGUGGCAUAAGUAUAAAAUUACUUUGGAAACAGGAGAAGGAUUAUACGAAGGAAUAAACCCUUUGGAGCCAUCACCAAAACCACAGUGGAAGUCAAAAGGAGUCAAACAAAGGAUUCAUAAAGUCACAAUAGACAAUGGAAACGUUUAUGUGAGUCCUCCAGAUUUGUCUGUAAGCUUUGACUCCGAUUAUUUUGCUGACAAGCACAAAAAUAGUGGUGAUUUAGCUGCGGAAAAACAAAGCAAUUCACAAACAACAGAAUAAGUCAUGGCCAGAAAGCAGAAUCCUAGUGAAUGCCCCAAUGAAGAAAGAACCAUUAUCGUGAAAUAAAAAUGUACCGUGGCUGUGAAGAUUGUCUUCAGAUUAAACUCUAGCGCUAAUGUUAACUUAAAGCACUGAAACACAUAGAAUUGAGCAAGAUAAGAAACUCCAUUGUCAGAAAUGUGACUGAUCUUGUGCCAAAGUUUUUUUUUUUUUUUGCACGUGCAUUUGAAAAAGACUUUUUUACAGCAGAAUGCUUCAUAAUAUUUGAUAUUUUAGAAAUCCUAUUUUGAUAGAAUUAUUUUGAUUUUUAGGAGGGAAUGUAGUAUAUUACAGUUUAUAAAAUACAUUAUGUAGUUUAAGGCAAAUAGUCAGGUGUAAAGGUUAUGUUUAUAUACUUAACAGUUUAUACUUAUAAUGCCUUCGGUAGAAAUGAUAUGGAAAUUUUAAACUUUUUAGAUAGGCAAACAAUCUCUAGAUGUGUAUUAAGCACCACAACGAGAAGUACAAAACUUGAUCAUAUUUUAGUGACUUCCUUCAUGCCUAUUUGUGUAUUGCUACCAUGAGUCCACAGAAAAUUUAUUUUCUUUCUCCUCGCUGAACUCAUUUUGGUAGUCGAUCAAAUAAUGCGACAAGCAUUUGUCUUGUAUGGCUUGUUCUCCUGAAUUCUGUUGGAUAAAGAGGAAGCUGCUGGGUAGAAAAACCUGAUACAUAACACAGUG